AUGAAUACCAGCGAUGUCAACGAGAAAGGCACAGCUGAGCCUUGCUACAUGCUGGCCCUCCUGGACGAAUCAAAAAAUGAAUCAUCAACGACUGAAAGCGGCUGCACACCCGAUAAUCCCCUCAUCGUAAAGAAAGGAAGCUACGGGCUGUGGAUCAAGAUGAUAGCAGACUACCAGCCUUACGAAUAUCCACACCUACACGUGAGAGCAACCAAGCCAAAGCGUAUUCCUCGUUGCAAGCUUCCAUUUUUCAACAAGAAGGAGUCAACCAGGAUUGCCGUCGUUUUUAAAUCCGAGUCUGGUCCUGAGAAAUCGGAGAAAGUGGAAACAACACCACUUCACGACGACCUAAUGUCUUUGGGAAAACACAGCCUAGGCCUGGGGGACUUACAUAUACUUCUCGUUGGGUACAUACCUGUAGAUAUUAUCGAGUAUAAUGCCAAGGGGGAUCCGGUUGACCACCUAACCGAUUUUCUCUCUGUGAACUUGGAUUUUUGGCUGCGUGUUGUGGACUAG